AUGCUGGCGGUGGGGCCGAUGGAUGGCACCCCUGGGCAAAGCGCCUUCCUGCUCAGCAGCCCUCCGCUGGCCGCCCUGCACAGCCUGGCCGAGAUGAAGACGCCGCUCUACUCCGCCGCCGCCCCAGCUCUUCCUCCCUCUCCUCCUUCGUCGUCGUCCUCCUCCUCCUCGGCCUCCGCCUCGCCUUCCCCUCCGCUGGGCUCGCCCACCGGCCUCAAGCCUCACGGCGCGGGGGCUCUGUCGGCGCUGGGCUCGCCCCCGCAGCAGCACUCGGCCGCCACCCCGCACGGCAUCAACGAUAUCUUGAGCCGGCCGUCCAUGCCGCUUCUGGCCGCCGCUUCUUCUUCUUCUUCCUCUUCCUCCUCCUCCUCCUCCUCCGCUUCGCCGGCCGCCGGGCUCCUGGCGGGCCUGCCCCGCUUCAGCAGCCUCAGCCCGCCGCCUCCGCCGCCUCCGGGCCUCUACUUCAGUCCCAGCGCCGCUGCAGCCGCCGUGGCCGCCGUGGGGAGGUACCCCAAGCCUUUGGCUGAGUUGCCCGGCAGGACGCCCAUCUUCUGGCCGGGGGUCAUGCAGAGCCCACCUUGGAGGGACGCCCGCCUCGCCUGCUCGCCCCAUCAAGGCUCCAUUUUACUGGAUAAAGACGGCAAAAGGAAACAUACGAGGCCGACGUUUUCCGGCCAGCAGAUCUUUGCUUUGGAAAAGACUUUUGAGCAAACCAAGUACUUAGCUGGGCCGGAGAGAGCGAGGCUCGCCUAUUCACUGGGAAUGACGGAGAGCCAAGUCAAGGUCUGGUUCCAGAACCGGCGGACCAAGUGGCGGAAGAAGCACGCGGCCGAAAUGGCGACCGCCAAGAAGAAGCAGGACUCGGAGACGGAGCGGCUGAAAGGCGCCUCGGAGAACGAGGACGAGGACGACGACUACAACCGGCCCCUGGACCCCAACUCGGACGACGAGAAGAUCACGCAGCUGCUCAAGAAGCACAAGACGGGUGGGCCCAGCGCCGGCCUCCUGCUCCACGCCUCAGAGAACGAGGCCUCCUCCUAG